AUGAAUCCCUCAGCUGAUUGUCCCUACGAUUUAUGGGAUGAAACGAUCGAGUUCGAGGGGAGAUGGCUUCGAACGAAACAAAUUCGCUUUCGAGAGAGAAAAUCGAAACACGAAGGGGUUUGGCAAUCCUCGCAUCGAGUCACAAAGCCGGCAAACUGUGAAGUGGACGGAGUGGAUAUUCUUGCCGUUUUACACAAAAAUGGCCAGAAAUUCUUCAUUUUCGUGAAACAGUAUCGAAUCCCGAUGAAAGCCUGGUGUUUAGAGUUCCCAGCAGGGCUAAUUGAUGAGGGUGAGAGUGUCGAGGCGGCGGCGAUUCGCGAAAUGAAAGAAGAAACCGGUUACACUGUGACAAAGGUUCUUCAAAGAUCUGAAGGUGUUCAAGGACUCGAUCCGGGUCUCACCGAUGAUUCGAUACAAUUCGUGACGGUUGAAGUGGACGGGGAUGAUCCAAGGAAUGCACAUCCCGAACAACAACUACAAUCCGAAGAGGCAAUUGAGGUGGUGUUAGUUGAGUGCAAUCGAGUGUUGGAAUGGAUGAAAGAGAACGAGAAGAAGAUGCACAUUGAGGCAAUGGUUUACUCAUUCGCUAUUGGAUAUGAUCUUGGACAAAAGUUCAAAAAUCUU